AUGACUGGCACAAAUCAAAGCUCAUCUGGAUCCACAGACGGUUCGAACGCAUUUCGCCCAAUCCUGCUCAUGCUAAUCGCCUGUGUUGGCCUGAUUGGGAAUACACUCAACCUGAUUGUGCUACGCUCCUAUCACACAACUCAAAUCACACAUGGAGGCGAAUGCACUGCCCGAGUGAAUUUGCUCGGAUUAGCUUUGGCCGAUUUUCUCGUCUGUUUAACCUCACUCCCGCUAGGCUAUGUAAAACGACGACACGAGUCGUUUUCAUUCAUGCUAUUCUACACUAUUGUGGGCCCCGGUCUAGUCACCUACUUCCUCUCAGUCAGCAUUUGGAUGGUUUUGCUGAUGAGUGUAGCACGCUAUUUGGCCGUGUGUCGUCCACUCACCUCACGUGCAUGGCUUACCUCGCGGCACAUGUUUCGUGUGAUUCUGUUGAUCUAUGUGUUCGGUAUACUGUUUCACAUUCCAUCUUUUCUUAUGUUCACUUACGACGAGGAACUGGACUGGUUUACCGCACGAUCAACAAAAUGUCUUCAGUCCAAUCAGACCAUGACCGAGCAUACCAAGCAUGCGUGUACACAACCCACUGUGCUGGUGGUGUAUGAACGUCCGUUUUGGCGCUCGGAGACCGUAGAUGUCACACAUCAUGUAAUUCACAUUCUGUUCACGAACAUUGCCCCAUUCAUUGGUGUAGUCAUAUCCAACAUUGCUGUCAUCCGUGCAUGUCGUCGUAGCGAUCAAUGUCGCCGGAUGGGUGUUGUUGUGCAUGACAAGAGCGGAUCCCACCGAUCCCGUACGAGUGGAUCAUCACCGAGUCAUAAAUUUAUGCUGAAAGCCAACCGACCGCCAAACGGUGUGCCUCGCGAACCGUACCCUCUACGUGUUCCGGGAACACCAACAACCGGUGGCUUUUGGUUUAAUCACACUGGCCGAGCCAUUUCGUGUCGACUACCUGCAUCCGCAUACACACAAACCGCGUCCACAAUGAUUCGUUAUCCGGGAACAGCCACAAAUCGUGUCACCCCACUGCUCUUGGCAGUUAUAGUAGCGUUCCUAUUAUUCACUGCCCCCUUCGGCAUAGUUCAUUUUGUUUGUCUGAGACUGAUGCGUAAUCUGGGUGUACGGGUACGAGAUAAUCGGCAAGCACGUCGAUUAUACAUGGCACUGAAUUUGACUGUGGAAUGGACAAAUGUAGUUCAGUUGUUUAGUUGUGCAUCAAAUUUCUUUCUCUAUUUUCUCGUGAGUACAAUAUUUCGUCGUACGACCAGGCGAACAUUUCGUCGAAUGUACAGAUACAUUCGAAACGCGCACACCUACUGUUGUUCCCUACUCUCUUCCCGUUGCCGCUCAAACGACUCAGACGUGUGGAAACCGGAUAGUGCAGUUCCAGCACUACAACUUGCGUUAAAUCAGAAAUUAUCAGCCCAGAUUGUGCCAGAGAAUCGGCUACCCUUGAAUCCCCUAAAAUCGGAACCUAACCCAGUGAACUACGCCCAGGUAAUCCACUUACCACACAAGUUCGAUUCUAAAAUCUUGCAUCAUGGCACUCAUUGCUGCGGGGCAUGUCGGCAAGCAAUGUAUCCUGGUGGGCCAUGCACCUCACCGUGCCCUCCAGGGAGAACAUUAACAGAAACUGCUCUUCAAUCUGAUGAGGCAAAUGGCCCUUGUAUAUGCCGAAACAUGGCGGGUGUGAAACAUUUCUGUUGCCAGUACUCCAGACAGUCGUGCAGUGGGACUGCAUUUUGUUCCGAACCGCAUUGCUCUUGUACAUCGCGGUGUUCCAGUUGCCUGGGCCAUGGAUCGUGUACAUGUCCACCUGUCAAAUCAGCUCUACUGGAUGAGGACACAGUGCCAGAGAUAACCAAAGUUACCGAUCAAUCAGACGUGGGCGAAUCAUUCGUCAUUACGGAUAGUUGA